AUGGCUCCAUUACGUACAAGAUUACCGAAAUUUUGUGUUAGUCGAUCCAUGGCUCGUGUUCGGGUCCGUUCUCCAUCUCUUCGAUCAAAACCCACCUCUAAUUCCGUCCAAGGUGAUCAAAAGGUGGAAUUUUUGGGCAAUGGCACGGAGAGUUUUGCUGGUGAUCAUGGUUUUGGAAAUGGCAACAAGGUUAUGGUGGUAGUCGAUUCGAGCCUUGAAGCAAAGGGUGCUCUUGAAUGGGUCUUGUCUCACACUGUUCAGAACCAAGAUACCAUUGUUCUUCUGUAUGUUUGUAAGCCAUCCAAAAAAGGUCCUGAGUCUAGUUUGGAGCAGAUUCUGAGGGCUCACGAGACGCUUCAAUCCAUGAAAAAUAUGUGUCAAGGGAGAAGGCCAGGGGUGCAAGUGGUGGUGGCUAUGCACGAAGGUAAAGAAAGGGGUCCAAUGAUAGUGGAAGAAGCAAAACAGCGAAGAGUGUCACUGCUUGUGUUAGGGCAAAGAAAACGAUCAAUAAUGUGGCGCCUUAUGAAGAGAUGGGCAGGGAAGAGGAACCGCGGUGGAGCCGGGACAGUGGAGUAUUGCAUCCAAAAUGCUUCCUGCAUGACAAUUGCAGUGAGGAGUAAAGGCAAAAAACUUGGAGGUUAUUUGAUUACCACCAAGCGUCAUAAAAACUUUUGGCUGUUGGCUUAG